AUGUCUCUGUGGAGUCUGGUCUCCAAGAUGCCCCCAGAAAAACUGCAGCGGCUCUAUGUCGACUUUCCCCAACACCUGCGGCAUCUCCUGAGUGACUGGCUAGAGAACCAGCCCUGGGAGUUCCUGGUCGGCUCAGACACCUUCUGCUGCAACAUGGCUAGCGCCCUACUUUCCGCCACUGUCCAGCGUCUUCAGGCUUCAGCGGGGAAGCAGGGGGAGGGGAGCACCAUCUUGCAACAUAUCAGCACCCUGGAGUUCCGCCACCUGCCAAUGCCCUUCCACUGGAAGCAGGAGGAACUGAAGUUUAACACAGCACUGCAAAGGCUGCAGCACCGGGUGGGGGAAACUCGCCUUCUCCGAGAAGCCUUGCAGCCAGGGGCUGAGGCUGGCCAAGUGUCUCUGCGCAGCCUGAUAGAUGCUCCUGCCAAUGGAACUGGGCCAAGGGAGGCCCUGGCCACAUUGCUGCAGGAGACUGUUGGGGAGCUGGAGGCAGCCCAGGCCCUGGUGCUGAAGAGAAUCCAGAUUUGGAAGCGGCAGCAGCAGCUGGCAGGGAAUGGUGCACCCUUUGAGGAAAGCCUGGCACCACUACAAGAGAGGUGUGAGAGCCUGGUGGACAUCUAUUCCCAGCUGCAGCAGGAGGUGGGGGCGGCUGGUGGGGAGCUUGAGCCCAAGGCCCGGGCGGUGCUGAGCAGCCGGCUGGAUGAAGUCCUGCGAAGCCUCGUCACCAGCUCUUUCCUGGUGGAGAAGCAGCCCCCCCAGGUUCUGAAGACUCAGACCAAGUUCCAGGCUGGGGUUCGAUUCUUACUGGGCCUGCGGUUCCUGGGGGCCCCCGCCAAGCCUCCGCUGGUCAGGGCCGACAUGGUGACUGAGAAGCAAGCAAGGGAGCUGAGCAUGCCCCAGGGGCCGGGGGCUGGAGCGGAAAGCACCGGGGAAAUCAUCAACAACACGGUGGCCCUGGAGAACAGCAUUCCUGGGAACUGCUGCUCGGCCCUGUUCAAGAACCUGCUUCUGAAGAAGAUCAAGCGCUGUGAGCGGAAGGGCACCGAGUCGGUCACGGAGGAGAAGUGCGCCGUGCUCUUCUCCACCAGCCUCGCGCUCGGCCCCAACAAACUCCCCGUCCAGCUCCAGGCCCUGUCUCUGCCCCUGGUGGUCAUUGUCCACGGCAACCAGGACAACAAUGCCAAAGCCACCAUCUUGUGGGACAAUGCCUUCUCUGAGAUGGACCGUGUGCCCUUUGUGGUAGCUGAGCGGGUGCCCUGGGAGAAGAUGUGUGAAACUCUGAACCUCAAGUUCAUGGCCGAAGUGGGGACCAAUCGGGGGCUACUCCCAGAGCACUUCCUCUUCCUAGCCCAGAAGAUCUUCAAUGACAACAGUCUCAGCAUGGAGGCCUUCCAGCACCGUUCUGUGUCCUGGUCACAGUUCAACAAGGAGAUCCUGCUGGGUCGUGGCUUCACCUUUUGGCAGUGGUUUGAUGGUGUCCUGGACCUCACCAAGCGCUGUCUCCGGAGCUACUGGUCAGAUCGGCUGAUCAUUGGCUUCAUCAGCAAACAGUACGUCACUAGCCUUCUUCUCAACGAGCCUGAUGGAACAUUCCUCCUUCGCUUCAGCGACUCAGAGAUUGGGGGCAUCACCAUUGCCCAUGUCAUCCGGGGCCAGGAUGGCUCCCCACAGAUAGAGAACAUCCAGCCAUUUUCGGCCAAAGACCUAUCCAUUCGUUCACUGGGAGACCGAAUCCGGGACCUUGCUCAGCUCAAAAACCUCUACCCUAAGAAACCCAAGGAUGAAGCUUUCCGGAGCCACUACAAGCCUGAACAGAUGGGUAAGGAUGGCAGGGGUUACGUCCCAGCUACCAUCAAGAUGACUGUGGAAAGGGACCAGCCACUUCCCACCCUGGAGCCCCAAAUGCCUACCAUGGUGCCCACUUACGAUCUUGGAAUGGCCACUGAGUCCUCCAUGAAUAUGCAGCUCAGCCCAGAUAUGGUGUCCCAGGUGUACCCACCACACUCUCACUCCAUGCCCUCAUUCCAAGCCCUCUCCAGGGAAGAUGUGUUGCCAACCUUCCAGGAAUCUCACCUGCAGAUGCCCCCCAACCUGAGCCAGAUAAACCUGCCCUUUGACCAACCUCACCCUCAGGGCCUGCUCCCAUGCCAGUCUCAGGAGCAUGCCGUGUCCACUCCUGAGCCCCUGCUCUGCUCAGAUGUGCCCAUGACAGAAGACAGCUGCCUGAGCCAGCCGGUGGGAGGGUUCCCUCAGGGCACCUGGGUCGGUGAAGACAUGUUCCCACCCUUGCUGCCUCCUACUGAACAGGACCUCACCAAGCUUCUCCUGGAGGGGCAAGGGGAAUCAGGGGGAGGGUCCUUGGGAACCCAGCCCCUCCUGCAGCCCUCUCACUAUGGGCAGUCUGGGAUUUCAAUGUCCCAUCUGGACCUAAGGGCCAACCCUAGCUGGUGA